UCGUAUGCUUACGGCAGAUAUUGAAAACAAUAAAAUCGUGACACUUGCAAGCUCAUUUUGUGGUGUCCAACCACUCUCAACAGUAAAAUGAUAGGACAGCAAUGAAAAAAGAAGAAUUGAUGUGCCCUGUCCCAGUAUUGUAAGUCAGUAUAACAUGCAUAAGGGAGGAGUUGAUCUUGCUGGUAUGCUGAUAGAGCUCUACAGAGUACCAAUGAAAACUAGGCGUUGGUGCAUGAGAUUGCUUGGAUUUAUGCUAGAUCUGAGUGUUGUAAAUGCCUGGCUGGUAUUUCGAAGAGAAUCUCUGGACAAGAAGACCUCACUGAAGUCAUUCAGGGCAGAUAUUGCCAAUGGUUUGAUGUUUUCAGGGAAAAGGAAAGUAGGAAGGCCCUCAAUAGACAUAACACCACCACAAAAGAAGGAGGAAGCCAACAGUUUCGACUGUUACACAAGAUGUCCGAUUUGAUAAUAUGGAGCAUUGGUCUGUGUACGGUCCCAAAUGUCGUUGUCGUUAUUGAGCAUCUGGAUUUUCUACAGUCGUGUUCAAAAUGCAAUCUAGUAUUGUGUUUCGUUCCAAAGAGGAACUGUUUCCAAAAAUUCCAUUGCAAAAAGAACUAGAAGGGAAAAUGAAACAGUUCUAUUACACAGCAGGAAUGCGUAAAUGUGGUUAUAAAUUAAAUUAUUCACGUACAGGCAACUUUUUGCUUCAGGUUAUUGGCAAACACUUUUUUUCUAUAAUAUGUAUAAAUGUGGUCUACUGCGGGCAAUGUUGCUUGUAAGCAAUUUUUGUCAAAAAUUUGUAAAACUCACUGAAUUGUAUUUCUUUAAGCAUAAUAAAUAAAUAUAAGCACUGAAAAAUUUUUUUGUUUUUAUUUUCACCAUUUGCCAAAUAAAGGGUUAAACUGUUGAUCAGUAAUAAAUUAGUUGUAUCUUGCAAGUCCUCUAUUAUUUCACUUGUCACCGGUUCGCACGUAAAUUCCUCGUUGCAAUCGUCUGCUUGAAAGUGAGGUUAAACUGACAAACAUCGUUUUAACGUGGACGGCAUAUGCGUGGCUAGAUAAGAGCGAUUUUGUCAAACGAGUUUGAACGUUUGCGGGGGGGCUUCAAGACAGGCUCGCCUACAGCGUGCAAAUACGACCGAACUUCCAGCCCGGCGCGGAGAAAACCUGUCGAGUAGCGCGCAAGGUCGAGGCCGAGCCGCCGAUGGCGCAGACUGUUCCAGAAGGUCUGUUUCCGUACGACCGGCCGUGACGUCGCGGCUCGCAAUUGGACGGCGCGGCUCCGCCACCGGGCGGGCCCUAUCCCGCCUAUAUAGAGGCGGGCGGAGCGCCGCGCGCGCGCCAGUGGCGGCAUGGCGUACUACCGACGCAACACGCUGCGCUGCGAGUUCGCGGGCGGCGCGGACCGGCCGACGGAGCGCGAGGUGCACCGCUGGGUGCGCACGCAGCUGCGCGUGCCCGACGCCGAGCUGAGGGCGCUGCAGCUGCACACCCAGCACGCCGUCGCCUUCGUCAAGCUGCGCUCGGACGCCGCCUUCCUGCAGCUGGCGGAGCGCCUGUGCGGCGGCGGCGGCGGCGCCGCGCUGCAGCUGCAGUCGGGCAAGCUGACGCCCGUGCGCGUCUCCGUGGCCGACGACGACGGCGGCGUCGAGGUGCGCGUCUUCGACGUGCCGCUCGAGGUGCCGGACGCCGAGUUCCGGCGCGCGCUGGCGCCCUACGGCAAGGUGCGCCACGUGCGGCGCGAGGUGUCUGCGCCCGGCUGCGAGUACCGCGUCGCGACGGGCGUGCGCUCCCUGCGGCUGGUGGCGCGCGACGACGCCGGCGCCGGCUGGGACCCGCCGUUGCAGCUGCCGGAGACGCUGGCGAUCGGCGGGCACCGGGCCGCGCUGCAGCUGAGCCGCGAGGCGUCGUGGUGCGCCACGUCGAGCCGCGAGGACGGCGCCUGCCGCGGCUGCGACGCCGGCUCGCCGGUGCGGCCGCCGCGCCGCUGCCCCAGGGACGUGGCGCUGGUGCGCGCCUUCCUGGCGCACAGCGGCGAGUGGCCGCCACCCGAUGACGUCACCGCCGCCGCGCCCGCCGAGGACGCCUGCCACCUGGAGCAGCGGCGCGCCGCCUAG